AUGUCCUAUCUCCACCAUACUCCUCUCAAUCCUCCCACCAAUAUUCAUCAUCAUAUCAUGAUGCCCACUGCAUCACCAUCAUCAUCAGCCACUUACCCCAUGAAUCUCAACUCUCAUCAUCAUGCAUUUUCCCAAAUUUCAAACUAUAAUUCAACGAAUAAUAAUAGUAACAUUAUCCUUCCGCCUUUUGACCCUGAUGAUCCCUUGUUCCAAGUGGCAUCUUCAUCAUCUGAUCAUUUUGUUUUCAAUACCAAUGUUCCACCCUUUGAUAACGAAAUGAUAUCUAUUCCACAACUACAUGCGUCUCCUUCAUCUUCCCAUCAAACAAUCAGUUCAAAUCAUGCUGUUGGUAUUCAGCCCAAUUCAGCAACAACUCCUAGUAACAAUUUAAUACCCAUGUCCGAUGAUAACAUGCUUUACUCCAACAAUUCUAGUACCAUCCAUAACAAUCCACUGAAUUCCUUGAUGAACAACUCUAGCCAACAACAGCCUCCACCAACACCAACCACACCAUCUACACCAGGUGAAAAGAAAAAGAAGGUUGGAGAGGGAGUUGUACGUAAAUUGUGUUGCCUUUGCGAGAAUGAAAAGGGCCACCCGAAUGGCUUUCUUGUUGCAGUUGACCAAAUCAAGAGAAUUCCACCACAUUUGAGCUAUCUAGUCUCCGAUAAACAUUUAGAUUACUUGAAAAAGCAAAGACAAGCAAAGAACAUUUGUUGCGAUCAGUGUUGGGAAACUAAAAUCCAACCACUCAUUGGCAAUACUAGCAGCAGUAGUGUUGAUGGCAGCAAUACUCCUACCACCGCUACACCAAACACUUUGAAUGAUGGAUCCAUGUAUGGAUCAAAUUUGAUAUUUAAUAAUUACUCUGGUGGUAGUAAUGUAAUGAACACUCUAAUGAUGAAUAGCACUCUAAAUAAUAAUUCUAACCGCUCAUAUAGUACAAUGAAUUUGAAUAACAAUUUGAACCAUCAGUUGACCACUAUGAAUCCACUUAACAACACCCCUCCUCCAACAAACAUUAUUACCCAACUUACACCUCAAGACUUUACAGACACAAAGAGAAAAAUUACAUCACCCAAAUCAAAACAAAAAGCACCAAAAAAACAGAAAAAACAAGAGCAAGCUCCUUCAACACCCGUAAAUCUUACAUUUGACCAAGUUUAUAACAAGCCUAUCGAUGUGAGAAAGCAAUUUUUGAUGGAAAAAGUUGAACCAAUGUUGCUCAAUGAUGUAUGUAGAGGAAAUAAGGAAGCAUUCCACACACUGCUGGAAGACUUGUCACAAAACAAGCAUUUCACUAUUCAAAAUUAUAGGUUGGAAACUCUUCUUAAACCAGCUAGGAAUGUGAACAAACCCAUUUCUUCGGCUCAAAUUACACGACUCAUCUUGAGAAAGAGAAAGAAGUAA